AUGACCGUGGCUAAUAACAACGGAAUGGACAAAAGACGGUUUAAAUGUGACGUGUGUGGUAAAGGAUUUGGACGUAAAUGCCACCUGGAAGAUCAUAAAAGGAUACAUACCGAUGAGAAAUCAUACAAAUGCGGGUUUUGUGGUAAGCAAUUCGCACGACGAAGCACUCUGAUUGUCCACAAUCGGACACAUACCGGUAAAACAUUGUACAAAUGCGAGAUUUGUGGUAUGCAAUUCGCAUAUCGAAGCAAUCUGAUUGCCCACAAUCGGACACAUACCGGUGAAAAACCGUACAAAUGCGAGAUUUGUGGUAUGCAAUUCGCACAAGGAAACAGUCUGAUUGCCCACAGACGGACACAUACCGGUGAAAAACCGUACAAAUGCGAGAUUUGUGGUAUGCAAUUCGCAUGUCGAAGCAAUCUGAUUGACCACAAAUGGACACAUACGGGUGAAAAACCGUACAAAUGC